GUGAAUGCACAACACGAUCCAAUUUAAACACGACAUGUACGCUUAAUGAUGUGUUACAUACUGAAAGGGGAGGGCUGUACUGCACUGUACUUUGGGAGUUAAACGAUAAACCCAACGAUAUAGAGUUGUGUCUGCUUUUGGUCGGGUAAAAAUGGCUAGACGAAAAGAAAGGGUUUGCUUGUUUAUAUUCCUGGCGAUAUGUGUUUUUAUCGUAGUUAUUGUCAUUAUUAUGCGUGGCUUAAGAGACCGGUGCUCCGACGGACUUUACAAGCAUGCAGCAGUCGCGGCGGAUUCAGAGACCUGUUCAAAAAUCGGCCGAGAUAUACUGCAGUCAGGCGGAUCAGCGGUAGAUGGCGCCAUUGCUACUUUGCUGUGCACGUCAAUUAUAAAUCCUCAGAGUAUGGGCAUUGGUGGAGGAUCUAUAUUCACAAUAAUGGAGAAAGGAGGCAAAGUGAGAAUCAUCAGUUGCAGAGAAACUGUCCCAAAAGUUGUUAAGUCGAACCUUCUUGCAGAAUGUUCAGGAACGUUCCAGCCAAUGUCAGGUGCUCAAUGGAUUGGCGUUCCCAUUGAGAUUCGUGGCUAUGAGCGAGCUCAUAAACUUUAUGGACGCCUGCCGUGGGCCAGUUUAUUUGAGCCCACUAUAAAGAUGGCUAGAGAGGGUGUCCCUGUCGGAGAUGUGCUCGCCCGAUUUCUGCCGGUUCUUUUAAAGGAGAACCCAGAAUCACCCCUACGGCAGUUAUUCCAAAAUGAACAAGGGAAACUGUUAGAAAAGGGAGACAUUGUCAGAUUUGAGAAACUAGCAGAUACUUAUGAGACUAUUGCAAAACAUGGAGCAGAUGCUUUCUAUGCUGGAGACACUGGAAAAGACUUAGUGAGUGAUAUACAAGCAGCAGGUGGGACAAUUUCUAUGGAGGACUUGAAGUCUUCCAAGGUGUACGAAUCAGAUGCCCGGGAAGUCACUUUAGGACAUUAUGACAUGUACUUCCCGCCUCCACCAGCAGGGGGUGCUAUACUUAGCUUCAUACUCAACAUCAUGCUAGGUUAUAACCUAAGCCCAGAAUCUCUGCAAGGAAAAGAAAAAAAUUUAACAUACCACCGUUAUGUAGAAACCGGUAAAUUUGCCAACGGACUCAAAAAGUUCAUAAAAGAUCCCAACUUUUCUUCACAAACGGAAGCGGUCGAGAUUACUCAGAAGCAUUUUGCUGACAAAGUGAGAGCAAAAAUCAACCCUGACCGCACUCAUGAUAUCAGCUACUACAACGUGACUCCAUUCCUAGAUUCACACGGCACGACUCAUGUGUCUGUGCUGGCUGAAGAUGGUAUGGCCGUGUCUGUGACCAGCACUAUUAACUACAUAUUUGGAUCCAGAGUUUUCUCACCCAAAACAGGCAUCCUCCUCAACAAUGAACUCGUGGACUUCUGUGGAAAAUCAGAUCAACUUUAUCCUGGGGAGCAGCCACCUUCCUCCAUGUCUCCAGUAAUCCUAUAUUCCCCAUCUGAGAAGCACACAGUGGUCAUAGGGGCAUCAGGGGGAGGCAUGAUAACAACUGGUCUGGCACUGACCCUUAUGAACUUCCUGUGGUUUGGCAAGAACCUUGAAGAUUCAAUCGCUGCCCCUGUGGUGUUUGUGGACUCCAAAAACGUUCUCAACUUUGAGCCCUCCUUUGACAAGGAAGUCGUAGAGGCACUUAACAAGACUGGACACAAGCUUAAAUUCCCACAGAUAUUUUAUAACGUGGUUAAUGCAGUAUCAAAGGAAAACAACUGCAUUGAGGCCGUAUCUGACUUAAGGAAAAUGGGAAAAGCUGCAGGCUACUGACCUGAAGUGCAGCUGGAGACUCAUAUACUCCGCUUGAUCCAUCUAUAGUACUCGCUGUUUGGAGUAUGUGAUGUUUGAAUAAGUACAAUGCAAGCAUUAUUUUUGGUGAUUUACUGUUUUCCACAUAAAAUCAUCUUACAUAAUGCAAAGAACAUUCUGUGGAAACCUUGAUAUCUUUAAUAUUGACUGAGUAAGGUCAUAACAACAAUUGAAGUAAAUGACUGAGAGACUUUAGCCUGGAUUACAUAUUGAUAUACUUCCCAUACAGAUCACAUACAUUUGACAUAUUGUGUAAAAUUUGAAUGGAAGUACUCACACACAUGUAUAUACUGUAUAUGUAGUACUGUCUAUAUAUAAAGUAGGCAAAUGUUAGUUUUUUUAAUAGUUUGCAACAGUGCUUAUAGGGAGAAAUUAAAACAUACUUGAAAGCAGUGUUUGAGUUUUUACACUCGCCAUAUUGUCUGGGUAAUUUAAAUUUUUGUGCAGUCUAGCUGAGCAGACUAAUUUGUCAUUUUUUUUAAGCUGUGACAGUGACAGUAAUAUCUGCCUCCAAUGUUUCUCCUCAGCAGGUAUAAUAAUAAGAUAAUUUCUUUCCUAAUUUUUGUUGUUAUGAAAGAGCUAGAAGACAUGAAGCAGCCUUUA